AAGGAAUAAGAAUUGUUAUCGGAAUCGGAGAGGGAGACGAAAGAGUAAGAAUUUAUAAAGUUAGGGUUUUUUUGACGCUCAGGAGCUCCUCCAGCUUUAUUCUUCAUGACGGAUUGUGUUUGAAUCUUUGAAUUUCGGUUUCUGGUUAAAUUUCGAUAGGUAGGUGUAUGCGAAGAUGAUGAUUUCGCUGCAGAACGAUCCUCGCUCGCAUCAGCUUCAGUAUCAACAACAGCAGCAGCUGCAACUGUUGGGAACCACUGGGAUUUCUGGGGUUUCAUUCGAUGCGGAUCGUGAUGGUUCGUUUGCUUUGCAGUCGGACUGUUCGUCCAAUGUUAAACCUUUGCUGACGCUGACGGAGUCUCAUGAAGUUGAUGAGGACAUGCUCUUGACCCUUGCUCAUCAGAAAUACAAGACUGGAAACUAUAAACAGGCCUUAGGGCACAGCAAUGCUGUUUAUGAGAGAAACCCGCGGCGUACAGAUAAUCUUCUGCUUCUGGGUGCAGUUCACUACCAGUUGCAUGAUUUUGAUAUGUGUAUUGCGAAGAACGAAGAAGCUCUUCGAAUUGACCCACAUUUUGCUGAGUGCUUUGGAAACAUGGCAAAUGCUUGGAAGGAGAAAGGAAAUAUUGAUCUUGCAAUCCGCUAUUAUUUGAUUGCUAUUGAGCUUCGUCCAAAUUUUUGUGAUGCUUGGUCAAACUUAGCAAGUGCAUACAUGCGGAAAGGGAGACUCAAUGAGGCAGCACAAUGUUGUCGCCAGGCUUUGGUCUUAAAUCCCAGCUUGGUUGAUGCUCAUAGCAACCUGGGGAAUCUGAUGAAGGCACAAGGUUUAGUACAGGAAGCGUACAACUGCUAUCUUGAAGCUCUGCGCAUACAACCAAAUUUUGCUAUUGCAUGGUCAAACCUUGCUGGUCUCUUCAUGGAGGCUGGUGAUCUUAACAGAGCCGUUCAAUAUUAUAAGGAAGCUGUUAGGCUGAAGCCAACAUUUGCUGAUGCCUACUUGAACCUAGGAAAUGUUUAUAAGGCUUUGGGAAUGCCUCAAGAGGCUACAGUGUGUUAUCAGCGGGCUCUUCAGGCACGGCCAGACUAUGCGAUGGCUUAUGGGAAUCUGGCCAGUUUGUAUUAUGAGCAAGGUCAGCUUGAUUUGGCAAUUCUUCAUUACAAGCAAGCACUUGCUUUUGAUUCAGGAUUUUUGGAGGCAUAUAACAAUUUGGGUAAUGCGCUGAAAGAUGCUGGAAGAGUUGAUGAAGCAUGCAAUUGCUAUCGUGCAUGCCUCUCCCUCCAACCGAAACACCCACAGGCUCUUACAAACCUUGGAAACAUAUAUAUGGAAUUGAAUAUGAUGAAUGCUGCGGCUUCAUGUUAUAAGGCAACAUUGGCUGUAACCACAGGAUUGUCUGCUCCUUUUAGUAAUUUGGCAAUAAUAUAUAAGCAACAGGGAAAUUACCUGGAUGCUAUCUCUUGCUACAAUGAAGUUCUUCGCAUAGAUCCUCUGGCAGUGGAUGGGCUUGUCAAUAGGGGUAACACAUACAAGGAGAUUGGUAGGGUUAGUGAAGCAAUUCAGGACUAUAUGCGAGCUGUUACCAUUCGUCCGACUAUGUCUGAAGCCCAUGCAAAUCUAGCUUCAGCUUAUAAGGACAGUGGACAUGUGGAGUUGGCUAUAAAGAGCUACAAGCAAGCAUUGCUUCUUCGCUCCGACUUUCCUGAAGCAACUUGUAACCUUCUUCACACCUUACAGUGUGUCUGCAAUUGGGAGGAUCGAGACAACAAGUUCAUUGAAAUCGAAGGGAUUAUUAGAAGACAGAUUAAGAUGUCAGUUCUUCCCAGCGUUCAGCCAUUUCAUGCAAUUGCAUAUCCCAUUGAUCCGAUGCUUGCAUUGGAGAUUAGUCGUAAAUAUGCGGCACACUGCUCUCUCAUUGCUUCUCGUUAUAGUCUAUCUCCCUUCCCGUAUCCCCCUCCAAUGCCUAUAAUGACUGAGGGUAGAAAUGGACGCCUAAGAGUUGGUUAUGUGAGCAGUGAUUUUGGUAACCACCCACUGUCACAUCUUAUGGGCUCAGUGUUUGGGAUGCACAAUAGAGAGAAUGUUGAGGUAUUCUGUUAUGCAUUGAGUCAGAAUGAUGGCACUGAAUGGAGGCAGCGUAUCCAAUCUGAAGCGGAGCACUUUGUUGAUGUGUCUGCCAUGUCAUCUGAUAUGAUUGCCAGAUUGAUUAAUGAGGAUAAAAUACAUAUCCUAGUUAACCUGAACGGUUAUACAAAGGGGGCGAGGAAUGAAAUUUUUGCCAUGCAGCCCGCACCCAUUCAAGUUUCAUACAUGGGUUUCCCUGGAACCACUGGAGCAACUUACAUAGAUUACUUGGUCACAGAUGAGUUUGUUUCGCCUACUUGUUUUUCACACAUUUACUCUGAGAAGCUUGUCCAUCUCCCUCAUUGUUACUUCGUAAAUGAUUAUAAGCAAAAAAAUCAAGAUGUGUUGGAUCCAGUUUGCCGACACAAGCGAUCAGAUUAUGGUUUACCUGAAAACAAAUUCAUAUUUGCAUGCUUCAAUCAGCUAUACAAGAUGGAUCCUGAAGUCUUCAAUACAUGGUGUAAUAUUCUGAAGCGUGUUCCCAACAGUGCACUCUGGCUUCUCAGAUUCCCAGCAGCUGGCGAGAUGAGAGUUCGUGCAUAUGCUGCUGCCCAGGGAGUGCGACAAGAUCAGAUUAUUUUUACAGAUGUUGCUAUGAAAAACGAACACAUUAGACGUAGUGCAUUGGCAGAUCUCUUCCUUGACACGCCCCUGUGCAAUGCCCACACCACUGGUACGGAUGUACUAUGGGCUGGUUUGCCAAUGAUUACAUUGCCCUUGGAGAAAAUGGCGACUAGAGUAGCUGGUUCACUUUGUCUGGCCACUGGAGUUGGGGAGGAGAUGAUUGUUAGCAGUAUGAAAGAGUAUGAAGACAAGGCAGUAUUAUUUGCUGAGAAUCAGCCAAAGCUCCAGUCUCUUACUAACAAACUCAAGGCAGCCCGCUUGACUUGUCCCUUGUUUGACACGGGACGAUGGGUGAGGAAUCUGGAGAGGGCUUACUUUAAAAUGUGGAACCUGUAUUGCUCAAGCAGACAUCCACAACCCUUCAAAGUUACCGAGAAUGAUGCAGAGUUCCCCUAUGACAGUUGAGACUGAUUGGGAAGACGGGAAUGUAGAUAACGCAAGAGAAAUAUACUAGUUUAAUAUUUAAAAUGUAUGUGAUUGGUUAUCCAAAUGAUGCAGCUGAGAUGUGGUAUACAUGGAGGUGUGGAUGGAUAGAAUUUUAAGGGUUUAUGUCCCCAGCAGAUUCAGAUUGUAAAGACUGGGAGCCAUGUUUGGCAAUUGGAAUGGAGGAAAAGAAAAAAAUAUUCUUGCUCUA